AUGACACCCAAACCUCCCAUUUGCAUAGAAGUCACCGCCGAAUGCCCCAUUAGUUACACCAUCCUCGGAUAUCGUCCGAACCUAUUCGCCAAUGGCUUCUUUGCCGUUUUCUUCGUCAUCUGCUUUGGUGCUCAGAUCUGGCUCGGCAUUCGCUUCCGCACUAAAGGAUACGCCAUCGCCCUCACCCUCGGUUGUGUAGCCCUUACCUUGGGCUACCUAGCUCGCCUCUACUUGCACUUUCAGCCGUUCAACUCGAUUCCCUUUCAAGCCCAGAUCUGCUGUCUCAUCAUCGCCCCCGCGUUCAACAGUGCAGCCAUCUAUCUCAUGCUCAGACACAUCGUCAAGCUUUUUGGUGCAGAAUGGUCUGUCCUCAAGCCCGAGCAGUACACUAAAGGCUUCAUUGCUGCGGAUGUAGUGUCUCUAGCGCUGCAGGCUACUGGUGGCGGUCUUGCAGUAAUGGCAGGUGACGACAAGGAUCGACUCGAUCUGGGAAACAACGUCAUGAUGGCAGGAAUUGCGUUUCAAGUCGUGACCUUGUCCAUCUUUGCCAUCUUGACCGUUCUGUUCCUGGUGAGGCGUGUGAGGGCUCGCACGUCUGACCCACUCUCUGGUACUGCAUUGGAGACAUGGCACAGUACCAAGUUUCGGUGGUUUCUCUCUGGGCUCGUCACUGCAUUUACGGCCAUUUUCAUCCGCUGUGUCUACCGAAUUGCCGAGAUGAGAGGCGGAUGGGGAAACUCUCUCAUGAGGGAUCAGAUUACUUUCAUUAUCCUUGAAGGAUGCAUGAUGCUUAUCGCGACGUCGGCCCAGACCAUCCUUCAUCCUGGUCACUUCUUCCCAACAAUGGCCGAUUCGCAUAUGAAACCUGGUAACAGAACCUCCCUUAUCGACUAA